AAAGGAUUGUCGCGAAUUUCGAAGGUGCACGGCGCACCAACGAAAUGUCAAAAUAAGUGUGUCCGCGCCAAUGGGCGCGCGUGUUCGCGCGCGGCCGUCGCUAGCCGCUAGCGUCGCGUCAGUUCGAUCGCGGAGCGGCGAAUCAAGUCAAAGGGUAGGAGAUGGUGGUGAGCGUACCGGUGAGCGCGGUCAUAAGAAACGAGCGGCAGCCGGCAGCGGCAGUUCGGCAAUUGCGGCCCAGCACGUAAGGUGUAUAUGUGUAUCCGUCGCGUGAGACGCUUCUUGCCACGUGGUGAUACGCGACCGCGUGCGUUUGCAAUUUCUUUCUUUUUCUGUUCUUUAUCCAUUUUCCGCUCUCGUUUAUCUUUCUUAGCUUCCGCUUUCCCUCCGCCUUGCCCACAUAUGUCACCGCUAACCGUACCGCAUGCACUCGCGGUAGUGCCCACGCGGCACGCCGCGGCAACCGUUGCCCGAGCACUCCGAGUAGUCGCGUGAAAACGUGCGUGACACUCGCGCGCGCGCGCGCGCGCGCGCGUACACGCGCGUGCUCCGAUUUCGAAAAGAACUUUUAACACGACGCACGGAAGAUGCCGGACAAGGUAGCGCCGGCGGAAAAGUCGGUAUUGUCGCAGUCCAAAGCUGCGAGAUCCAACAGUGACGAAGGUAUCAAAUUGAAAAAGGAAUUGGGUUUGUGGAACGGCGUGGCGAUCAUCGUCGGUAUCAUCGUCGGCGCCGGUAUCUUCGUGUCGCCCAAAGGCGUGCUUAGGAACAGUGGCAGCGUCGGCCAGGCUCUCAUUGUCUGGAUUUUUUCCGGGAUCCUGUCGCUUAUCGGAGCCCUAUGUUACGCCGAGCUCGGUACGAUGAUCCCCAAAUCAGGCGGCGAUUAUGCAUACAUUAGCGAUGCUUUCGGAUCUUUGCCAGCGUUCCUCUACCUUUGGGUCGCCUUGUUCAUCUUGGUGCCAACGGGGAACGCAAUCACGGCCCUCACGUUCGCACAAUACAUACUGCAACCUGUAUGGCCUGGAUGCGAGCCGCCGUAUGCAGCGAUUCGACUACUCGCUGCUGUGAUCACAUGUCUGUUAACCGUCAUUAACUGCUAUAAUGUUAAGUGGGCGACCAGAGUGCAGGACAUCUUUACUGGCACCAAAAUCUUCGCUUUAGUAAUCAUCAUGGCAGCCGGUGUCUGGUGGCUCUGCAUGGGCCACACAGAGAACUUCCAACAUCCGAUGUCUGGCACUAAUACUCAACCCGGUUACAUCGCUCUGGCAGUAUAUUCCGGACUGUUCUCUUAUUCAGGCUGGAAUUAUCUCAACUUCGUGACGGAGGAGCUAAAAGAUCCCUACAAAAAUCUUCCGAAGGCGAUUUGUAUAUCACUGCCGUUGGUGACAGUGAUUUAUGUUUUCGCGAACAUUGCCUACUUUGUCGUACUCACGCAGGAUGAAAUACUCGCGUCGAACGCUGUCGCUGUUACCUUCGGCGAUAAACUACUAGGCGUUAUGUCAUGGAUCAUGCCGUUUUUCGUGGCAUGUUCGACUUUCGGAGCAUUGAACGGCGCGAUCUUUGCGUCGUCCAGGUUGUUCUUUGUCGGUGCCCGAAACGGACACCUUCCUACUGCCAUUGCUUUAAUUAAUGUUCGCAACUUGACGCCGAUGCCAUCCCUCAUCUUCCUCUGCAUUAUCACCCUGAUACUCCUCAUCAUAGAGGAUGUCUACGUACUAAUAAAUUAUGUCAGCUUCGUUGAGGCUCUAUUUACCACACUGUCCGUGUCUGGUUUAUUGUGGUUACGUUACAAAAAGCCCGAUCUCCAUCGUCCGAUAAAGGUUUCUAUCAUUUUGCCAAUCAUUUUCUUCAUAAUCUGCGCAUUUUUGGUCACCUUUCCGUGUUAUGUUUCGCCAUGGGAAGUAGGUAUAGGCAUAAUCAUAAUCCUAUCUGGCAUUCCCGUGUACUGUAUAUUCAUCGAUUGGAAAACAAAGCCCGCUUGGCUCAUCAAUGUAUCCUAUAAUUUCAACAUAGCAUGCGCAAAACUAUUUAUGUGUGUGCAAGAAGAUAGGACAGAGUGAGUGCCCAAAACUCACAGUAA